ACAGACGUCAUGGUAUGGAGAAAGUCAUCUGAGGAGUUUCAUGGCUAUCUGUAAGUAUGAGCCAUCUUUCAGUAAUGAGCCUUUACAUUGGCAUAAAAACACAUUAUGCCUAUAUUCUGUGUUUUAGCCAUACCCUAUUAUUGAUGAAAAAGAAAAAGCAAGGUUCAUUGCCUGAUAUGAUUUGUGAUGGUUUUAUAUUGCAGGCACAAAGCCCAAGGUAUGGUUGACGACAACCCCAACAGAAUAGUGGAUUACAUACGCCCUUGGCCUUAUCAAUUAGACUGGGAUAGUUUGAUGACCUCAAUGGACAUAAUAGAAACCCUUGAUCAGGUAAACACAACUGCAUUUGGUUCCUCAUUGAUAACUUGAUCAAAUGGCAAAAGUAGACUUCUCUCAUAAUGAUAAAUGUGGACUUCACUGUACGCGUUUUUGUUUGUUUAAGAACCCAUUUUACCACACUAAAGUGGACCUGCUGCUCUACAAUAUUAUUAUAUUCCAUCUGUUUUAUUAGGUUUUAUGAGAGGGCUUUGUUGGCAUGUUAUCCAAUGGGAAUCAAUGGCUUAGUUGAUCUCUCUCUGUCUGCAGGGCUGUUGUGUGAUGAAGUACAUGACUGCUGGUCAGCUGUAG